GUUUGCUCAGUGUGUGAUUGAUGAAAUGGCUCAGGAGGAGGGAAAGAAGAAGAUCUCAAUGGGAGUGGUGAUGGAGAGAAUGAAGAAACUCCCUGUUUCUUUGUGGAAAACAUUAUAUCAAGUUGGAAGAGAUGAUCCAAGAAGAGUUUUUCAUGCUCUCAAAGUGGGCACUGCUUUGACACUUGUUUCCUUAUUGUAUCUCUUGGAGCCAUUGUUUGAAGGUGUUGGGCAGAAUGCAAUGUGGGCUGUCAUGACAGUUGUUGUUGUUCUUGAAUUCACUGCAGGAGCUACAUUGUGUAAAGGAUUGAACAGAGGAUUAGGGACAAUGAUGGCUGGUUCACUGGCAUUUCUGAUUGAUUAUGUAGCAGAGGAAUCAGGGAAAGUUUGCAGGGCUGUUUUUAUUGGAGUUUCUGUGUUCUUGAUUGGUUCUGCUGCAACUUAUGUGAGGUUUAUACCUCAUAUUAAAAAGAAUUAUGAUUAUGGUGUAUUGGUGUUCAUUCUUACAUUCAAUCUGAUUACUGUAUCGAGUUUUCGGGUCACUAAUGUGCUGAAAAUUGCGCGAGAACGGCUUUAUAACAUUGCCAUUGGUUGUGGUAUUUGUCUUUGUAUGACUCUAUUGAUUCUGCCCAAUUGGUCUGGCAGAGAUCUUCAUAAGUCCACGGUUGACAAGCUUGAAGUGUUAGCAAGAUCUAUUCAAGCUUGUGUUCAUGAUUAUUUCGAAGGCAAUAUUGACGAAAUGUCAUCCCAAGAUGAUAUCAAGAAAGGUUACAAAACUGUUCUGGACUCAAAAGCAACUGAUGAAUCCCUUGCAUUGUUUGCGAGCUGGGAGCCAAGGUAUUCAAUGAACUGCUAUAGAUAUCCAUGGCAUCGAUAUGUAAAACUCGGUACUAUACUCAGACACUUUGCAUACACUGCAGUUUCUCUGCAUGGCUGCUUAGAAUCUGAAAUUCAGACUCCACUGUCUAUUCGAUCAAUGUUUCGAGAACCAUGCAUCAAUGUUGCAUCAGAAGCAACUCGAAUUCUUGUGCAUCUGGCGAACAGCAUAAGAAACAGGGAGCAAUGCUGUUUUGAUACAUUGUCUGAUCGUCUGCAAGAGGCCUUGCAUAACCUCAACUGUGCUAUCAAGUCUCAACCACGCCUUUUCAUCAGCUCAGGCAAUCACAAUUCAACUUCAAACUUCUCUGGACAUUUGAAGAAUGAUCAUCAUUCGACAUCAAACUUCUCCGGGUAUUUGAAGAAUGAUCAUCAUUCAACAACAAACUUCUCCGGCGGUUUGAAGAACGAUAAAGCCUCGUCGUCUUUCACAUCUCCUUCACUUAGGAAUGAUGCAUUUUCAUCAACAUUAGAGUAUAGAAGCAAAAGAUUUAUAGAGCAAUCAAAACAACCAGGUGACAAGAGAGUGUUGAAUACAACACUGAGUAAGCUUGCCAUUACAAGCCUGGAGUUCUCAGAAGCAUUACCAUUUGCUGCAUUUGCUUCUUUGCUGGUGGAAAUGGUGGCACGUUUGGAUCUAGUGAUCAGGGAGGUAGAGGAAUUGGGAAGGGCUGCACAUUUUAAGAAGAGCUCAGAGAUGGAUGAAAUCAAGGUUGAUAUGAAGGAUGGAUUCAAAAUGAGCAAUAUGAGUCUCAGAGAGAUGCCAAGCAAUGUGGGGUUACAUGGAGCAGAAUGAGAUAGACACAACACCAUAUUGUUUCUUGCUUCCUCUGAAGAUUCUUGUAUAAUGUACCACCUUAUUAUCAAUAAUA